AUGUUCCUACAGCGGCAACCGCAGUGCAGUAAGGCUAGCACGAUGUUGGCUCAACUUAUUGGGAUUUUGAUGCUGGGCUGCGUCAGCCAUGGAUCAUUACUGCAACUGCCUGGAAUCGUGCACGUGGAUCGCAACUGGUUCGCGUCAUCCACCGACCCCAUAGGCACCGUGGUGACGCGAGUACAACGGGAGAUCACUGGGAAUGAGAGCGUGCGGUUUGGUCUGGAGACUAGCGGGCCGCCUGCUCCUUUUAAAAUCGACUCACAAACUGGAGUCGUUACUGUUAAUGACACGCUUCUUGAUAAGGAAAACCAAUCCUAUUCAUUAUGGGUGACAGCUGACGACGGCUCAAUACCACAACGAUUAGAAGUCCUCGCCACAAUAACCGACAGCUCUGGCCAAAGACCAAAAUUACCUCGUCCACCGCCAUUCGGCCUAUCAAAUUAUCCAAACAUACCUGACUUAUCUCAUAUACCGCAUAUACCAAAGUUCACGAGACCAACGCAAAGAACAACCAAAGAAACAGUCGGCUAUAUUGAGGAAAUAACAGUACCUGAAACUACACCUCUUGCAACUUUCAAACCUAAAAUACCAGAUAAUAAUCUACCAGAUAAAACUGGCAACGAGGAAAUUAAAAAUAAUACAUCAAUAGAAGAGACACAGAUCGGAAGCGACGUGUCACUGACUGUCAUACCUUUGGUUGCGAUUGGUGGCUUGGUUGUUAUCGUGGCAGCUGUCAUUAUUUUUGUUUGUAAAAAGAACAACUCCAAGGGAUCAAAAAGCAAAAAGGAUGAUAUGAGUAAAGACUCAAGUGGCAUCGUGCUACAAGACGCGACAAUCAACCUGUGGGACCGCCCACGUGCUUACUCUAACCGAUACGAGUCCUGGGAUAACGGUCAUUUGCAGCUCUCCGAGGAAACAACCAUCAGCAAAGAGGAACCACCGGACGAAUGGGAGUUUCCGCGGCAUCGACUUAAAAUUUUUAACAUCUUAGGAGAAGGUGCUUUCGGACAAGUAUGGCGCGCUCAAGCAAUCGAUAUUGACGGUAAAAAAGGUGAACAGACUGUGGCUGUGAAGACGCUGAAAGAAAACGCCUCUGAAAAAGAGAAAAGUGAUUUACUGCAAGAGUUGAUUGUGAUGAAGAAUUUAGGAACGCAUCCUAAUGUCGUAAGACUCAUCGGCUGUUGUACAGAGAAGGAGCCAACGCUGGUAAUAAUGGAGUACGUGAGCCUGGGAAAACUGCAGCAGUUCCUGCGGGAGUCACGCGCGGGCCGCCACUACGGGAACACGCACGCCGGCAGCCAGUUCCUCACGUCGCGCGACCUCACGCACUUCGCCUUCCAGGUGGCGCGAGGCAUGGACUUCCUCAGCUGCAAAGGGAUUAUUCACCGUGAUCUAGCCGCUAGAAACGUUUUGAUCACUGAAGAGAGGACUUGCAAAGUCGCAGACUUCGGUUUGGCGAGAGAUGUUGCCGGCACCCACGUGUAUGAGAGGAAAAGUGACGGCAGGCUUCCAAUAAGAUGGAUGGCUCCGGAGUCUCUAUAUGAUGACAUAUUCAGUGUGAAAUCAGACAUCUGGAGCUUUGGCGUGCUGCUGUGGGAAAUUGUGACGCUCGGCUCCACUCCCUACCCGGGGCUUUCAGCUGGAGACGUAAUGAGAAAGGUUCGUGACGGCCAUCGUCUUGAAAAACCGGAGCACUGUCGCCGUGAACUAUACAACAUUAUGUACUACUGCUGGGAAGCGGAGCCUUCUUCUCGACCUGACUUCAAAGAAGUUGUCGCGAUGUUGGAACGACUCUUGUGUACAGAGAUGGACUAUAUUGAGCUAGAGAGAUUCCCCGACCAUUCGUACUACAACGUGCAAAACUUGGAGGGGGAGAAAGUGUAA